UCUGGUGAUGGUUCGGUUGUGUGUGUUAGUACAAUGUUGUACAUAAUGGCAGCAAGAGAGAGUUGUACAGCAAAAAGCUGAAGGAUGGAUCCACCGAAGAUUGUUAUCACAAAGGAAAAACUCCAUGGAGGGUCCCUCAUUCGUAAAACUUCUAUUCGAAGAAGGGUGUCGCUGAAAGAAGACAGACGACAAGAAAAAUACGGGAACUUGACGGGAGAAUACACUCGGAUUAAAAACACCAUGCUUCUAGACCGUGGGGUCCAAAACACACUGGAAUCAUUGCAGGAGCGAUGGAGAAUGAUCAUGUUCAUGUACGAUGACUGUGUGGAGAUGUUCAAGACCAGACGACAAAAGCAAUUCUGCAGACGACAACUGAUACAAAGACGAGAACUGAUAGCAUGUGUCAUCAUAUAUUCUGCUUUGGUUUUACCAGUGUUAAUUGCAAUAUUCCUGACGUAUGUCAUAGCGUUAUGAUUUAGUUUAAAGUAAUUAUAAAAUCAAAUAUUUUACACACAGAUCAUGUAACCGUAACUUAACAGGUAAUGCUUAUCAAUCAUAUUUUGAGAUAAAUGUGGAUGCUGGAGAUACCAAUAGGCGGACGAGUGGCUGGGUUCCCUAAAUUUAUUCAAUUUCACUGCCAAAUUUCGGAAAGAUUUGUCCAAUGGAUAAAAAAUGCAAUAAAUUUUCCGAGAACAGUAUGUUUUGGUCCUUGUGGGACAAAAAGAGAAAAUAUUUGCAAGAGGAUCAAGGUGUGUUAUAAAUUGAAAGUUAUCCAGUAUACAUCAAAUAUUCAUGAAAUAUUUGGAAUAAAUUUUAAAAAUGAA